UUCUUAAAAUAAAAGCACACCACCUUAACCUCAUUUGCAAAACUCGCUACACACAAGAAAAAACACUCCAAAAGCUUAAACAGAAACAAGCUCUUCCUCUCUCCCUCUCUCGAGUGUUUGUUUUGUGAAAAAAAGUAAGAAAGAAAAUGUCGAAGGAAGUACGCGAAGAAGGACAGACCCGAAAGGACUACGUAGAUCCUCCACCAGCACCGCUUCUUGAUUUUGCUGAGCUCAAGCUCUGGUCCUUCUACAGAGCUCUCAUCGCCGAGUUCGUUGCGACGCUUCUCUUCCUCUACAUCACCGUCGCUACCGUUAUAGGCCACAAGAAACAAACCGGUCCUUGUGAUGGGGUUGGUCUCCUGGGUAUUGCUUGGGCUUUCGGUGGUAUGAUUUUCAUCCUCGUCUACAGCACCGCCGGUAUCUCUGGUGGUCAUAUUAACCCAGCAGUGACGUUCGGUUUGUUCUUGGCAAGGAAGGUUUCGCUGAUUAGAGCACUGGCUUACAUGAUAGCUCAGACUUUGGGAGCCAUUGCUGGAGUUGGGUUGGUGAAGGCCUUCAUGAAGCACUCCUACAACUCUCUCGGUGGAGGUGCUAACUCUGUUGCUCAUGGAUACAACAAAGGUACCGCUUUGGGUGCUGAGAUCAUCGGAACUUUUGUCCUCGUCUACACCGUUUUCUCUGCCACCGACCCUAAGAGGAGCGCACGCGAUUCCCACAUCCCUGUUUUGGCUCCAUUGCCUAUUGGGUUCGCUGUGUUCAUUGUUCACCUGGCUACCAUUCCUAUCACUGGAACUGGAAUCAACCCUGCUAGGAGUUUCGGUGCUGCUGUUAUCUACAACAACGAGAAAGUCUGGGAUGAUCAUUGGAUCUUCUGGGUUGGACCAUUCGUGGGAGCACUAGCAGCAGCUGCAUACCACCAGUACAUUCUAAGAGCUGCAGCCAUCAAAGCUUUGGGAUCCUUCCGUAGCAACCCCACCAACUAAUCAACAAACAAACAUCAGCUGAAAAAAAUUGAUCUCAUCUUCCUUUUGGCUCUCCCGUGAAAAAUUUGUCUUUGUUUGUUUUGUGUGCCUAGUAGAGAAUGUUGAUCAUGAAGAAGAAGAAGAAAAUGCAGAAAAAACCCCUGUUAAUUUGUUUUUGAUAUCUUUUUUACUUUCUUCUUUUUGCCGUUCCUUCAUUAUAAUUUAAUCUUUUGUUUUUUAGCUUGUGGACCCACAGUGUAUUUAUUGUUCAUGAGUAGUGGUGAAGUUUCUCGGUUUUUCAA